UUCAUGUUCUCAUCAGAAGGAAACGAGAAAAGAAAUCUGUCUCCCUCCCUCCCUCCCUCCCCCAUUCUCUCUCUGUACGCACACAGACAAUUUUGCCCAAACCCCAACUCCCCACAGCAUGGGAUUUCGUUCCCCAACCCCUCGUCUCUCUCAUUGGAUCUGAGUUCCAACCCCAAAACCCAUAUCUCUUCUUGUCCGAGCCCUCCUAAUUCCCCAAAAAUCACACAGAUCGAACAAAUACGCCGCCGUUUCACGGGCAAACAGAGUGGGACUCACGGAGAUUGAGACAGAGUCGGCCAUUCUGAUCCACUCGAUCACCCGGGCAUUUCUCCAUUGAAAUGGGAAAUGCCCGCGAGGUGUAUUAGUAUCAAACGAUGAGCAAAACCCACGACGACGAAGAAGAAUACAAGAACGACAACCGCAGCGACGACGACAACGAGUGCUUCUACGAGUCCCUUGACCGCAUCGCCUCGUCAUCCUGCUCAUGCUCCAACUCCAACUCCGACAUCGAGGAGAACGACGCUGUUUCGUCUUCGGCCUCGCCUAAUCAUGGGUCGGUACCGAAAUUCCCAAUGGGCGCGUCCAACAAGUACGAUGUCUGGAUCUCCGAGCCCUCCUCCGUCUCCGAACGCCGCUCGUGUCUCCUCCGCCAAAUGGGCCUCAGCAACGACCCCUCCUUGUCCCGCGCCAAACCCACCCGAGAUUUCGGAUUCGGUGGAGACAUUGGCCGAUCAGUGUCGUCCGACCGCUUGUCUAAUCACUCCGGUGCUUCCACCAUGGUUCGAUCAAAAUCAGAUGGGAAUGACCGUCAACGUGAUGCUAUAACCACUUCCUCCUCUGUUUGCUCUCCUGCUCCUCCAGUUAUUUCAAUUCCCUGUUGUUCUCCUUCUUCUGGUUCUCUUGUAAAUAAUAAUGAUGAUAAUUACAACUGCAACCACGUUGUUCUUGUUAAGUCCCGGAGCGAUAAUAGUAGCGGAGAAUCCAAAUCUCCGGUUGCUAGUGUCGCUGCUUCGCCAAAUAAGCCGCCAGUUGGAAAGAUUAGUUCUAAAAAGGUUGAAGCGAUCCGUGGCGAUUCCACGGGGGGUCUAGACGUCAAUUUUAAUAGCAAUGUAGGUGGUGGUAGUGGGGAGGUCGAGGAGGAGGGUUUGGAUUAUGAUGGCGUUGGGAGGGAAAGUGAUAAAGUGUGCUUAAUUAAGAACCUUGAUAACGGGAAGGAGUUUGUGGUGAAUGAGAUUCGGGAAGAUGGGAUGUGGAACAAGCUCAAAGAAGUAGGGACAGGGCGGCAGUUGACUAUGGAGGAGUUUGAGAUGAGCGUUGGGCAUUCGCCGAUUGUUCAAGAAUUAAUGCGGAGGCAGAAUGUCGAGGAUGGGAAUAAGGAUAGCUUGGAUUCGAAUGCAAAUGGGGUUGGUGGGAGCGGGGCAAAAAUGAAGAAGAAAGGAAGUUGGUUGAAGAGUAUAAGGAAUGUGGCGAGCUCGGUGACGGGUCAUAAGGAGAGACGGAGCAGUGAUGAGAGGGAUACCUCAUCGGACAAGGGUGGGCGGAGGUCUAGCUCUGCUACAGAUGAUAGCCAGGAUGUCUCGUUUCAUGGGCCGGAAAGAGUAAAGGUUAGGCAGUAUGGGAAGUCGUAUAAAGAGCUCGCGGCACUCUACAAGAGCCAGGAGAUACAGGCUCAUAAUGGGUCUAUAUGGAGCAUUAAGUUUAGUUUGGACGGGAAGUAUCUCGCCAGUGCUGGUGAGGAUUGUGUUAUUCAUGUUUGGCAGGUUGUGGAAUCGGAGAGGAAGGGGGAUCUUUUGCUGGAGAAACCGGAUGAUGGGAAUUUAAACUUGUUCUUUGUUGCCAAUGGGUCGCCGGAACCAACUUUGUUAUCUCCAGGUAUGGACAAUCAUCCAGAAAAAAAGAGAAGGGGGAGGUCAUCAAUAAGCCGGAAAUCAUUGAGCUUGGAUUAUGUUGUGGUGCCAGAGACCGUGUUUUCACUUUCAGAAAAACCCAUUUGUACAUUUUGUGGACAUCUUGAUGACGUGCUUGACCUUUCAUGGUCCAAGUCUCAGCACUUGCUCUCAUCUUCAAUGGACAAAACAGUGCGGCUGUGGCACUUGUCUAGCAAGUCUUGUUUGAAAAUUUUUUCACACAGUGAUUAUGUAACUUGCAUCCAGUUUAAUCCUGUUGAUGAUAAUUACUUCAUCAGUGGAUCCCUAGAUGCUAAGGUUCGGAUAUGGAGCAUUCCUGAUCAUCAGGUUGUUGAUUGGAAUGAUGUGCAUGAGAUGGUCACUGCUGCUUGCUAUACACCGGAUGGUCAGGGCGCACUGGUUGGUUCAUACAAGGGGAGUUGCCGUUUAUACAAUACAUCUGAUAAUAAGUUACAACAAAAACAUCAAAUCAAUCUGCAGAACAAGAAGAAGAAAUCUAAUCACAAAAAAAUCACUGGUUUCCAGUUUGCUCCAGCAAGUUCAUCAGAAGUUCUCAUCACAUCUACAGAUUCACGAAUUCGGGUUGUGGAUGGUGUUGAUCUGGUGCACAAGUUUAAAGGAUUUCGCAACCAAAACAGUCAAAUAUCAGCUUCCCUUGCAGCAAAUGGAAGAUAUGUUGUUUCUGCCAGUGAGGAUUCCUAUGUGUAUGUGUGGAAACAUGAAGCUGAUUCCCGACCUAGUAGAAGCAAAGGUGUCACUGUUACGCGCUCCUACGAACUUUUCCACUGCCAAGAUGUGUCUGUGGCUAUCCCUUGGCCUGGCACCUGUGACUUUUGGGGAUUAGAAGAUACUUAUAGCAAGGAACAAAACGGGCUUGACAACAGCCUUGAUGAGGUCUCCACAGCCAAUCAUCCUCCGACCCCUGUUGAGGAGAUUCAUGGUGGUUCUCAACCUGCAUCUGGCUACUCGAAUAGUCCACUUCAUGGAACGAUUUCUAGUGCAACCAAUAGUUACUUCUUUGAUAGAAUCUCAGCAACGUGGCCAGAGGAAAACCUUCUUCACACUACUAGGACUCGGAGCAGCCCUUGUGUCAGUGUGGAUCUCUCCAAUGGUGUGGACCAAAGCAUGUCAGCCUGGGGUAUGGUGAUUGUAACUGCUGGCCUUCGAGGGGAAAUUAGAACGUUUCAAAAUUUUGGGUUGCCAGUUCGAAUUUAAGGGGCCAAACCUCAGCCUUGAUCUUGGGGGAAACAAGUUGAUUACACUACAGAAGGCAAUUCUCCACUUCCCCCCACUCAAAAUUUGUACAGAGAAUUAAUUGGGUGAGAUUUGUAAUAUUUAGCGGUGUACCAUUUCUUCUUGUGCUUGUGCUAGCCGGAUGUGGAGGUGCAGAAGGAGAUCCAGUCCGACUGAGCAUUGGGGAAAC